AUGAAGUUCUUCUCUUGUAUUUUUCUGUUGUUAAGUCUCUUUGUCUCCAUUGUUAUUGCUAUAGUACUAUUCCGGCAGUUUUUGUAUACGGCCGUUUUUGUGUUCGGCGACACUGUAAUUGAUACAGGCAACAACAACUGGUUCCACACGCUACAACAUGGGAAGAAUUUCGAGGGAGGAAAGCCCAAUGGCAGAUUUUGUGAUGGAAAAGUUCCCUCUGACCUUUUUGUGGAAGAACUGGAAAUAAAGGAGCUCCUGCCUCCAUAUCUUGAUCCAAGACUGCAAGCUAAGGAUCUCAUAACUGGAGUUUGCUUUGCUUCAGCAGCUUCUGGAUAUGAUCCACAAACAAACGCUUUCUUGGGUGACUUUCCAAACAGAUUCUUAGAGUUGUUCGAAGAAUAUAUUGGAAAACUGAAAGCAAUUGUUGGAGAAUUUAGAGGCUUAGAUAUUCUAAGCAACAGUCUUUUUAUAGUAAUAACCGGCCAUAUUGACAUUCAAUUCAAUCCAGCUUCCUCUCUAAACCCAUCAUACAACGAGCUCUUGGUCAACUUUGCCUCCACUUUUUUGCAGGGCCUGUACGAGUUAGGGGCUCGGAAAAUUGGUGUAUUUGGUGUAGGACCAAUAGGAUGCUUGCCAUUUUACAGAAAUACACAAGGAGGAAUUCAAAGGAAAUGUGUCGAUUCUCUUAAUCACAAAGCAUACUCAUUCAACAGCAAGCUCUCGACUGAGAUAAACUCUCUUAUUAACACAUUUCCUGACGCUAAAAUGGUCUACAUUGAUUUCUACAAUUUCAUCCUUGAUCUAAUCAACAACCCUACAAAAUAUGGGUACAAAAUUGCAGAAAAUGGGUGUUGUGCUCUUGCUCGAAACCUAGAUUUGCUAGAUUACUGUCCCAUCGCAUGUUCCAAUGAUUAUGACUACGUUUUUUGGGACGGUUUCCACCUUACAGAGAAAGGCUACAGACUCUUAGUUAUAGUUGUGACCUUCAUUUAG